CAUGCUAGCAGUCAUGAAACAGGAACAGAACAGUCCGUUUUACCUGCACUAUCUCGUCAUUUCCGGUCGACGCUCCAGGCUGAGCUGAAGUCGGCAGCUGGGGUGUUUUUUGUUUUUUUUAGAAGAAAACCGUGUAUGGACCAUGGAGUGUGUUCCUGCUAUAGUUGAUGAAUUUGAGUGUAAAAAGGAGGCAUACGUAGAUGAUCCUGAGCACAAUGUGUACACUCGCUUUAUGAAGUCCCACCGCUGCUAUGACCUGGUGCCCACUAGCUCCAAAUUGGUGGUGUUUGACACGUCUCUGCAGGUGAAAAAGGCUUUCUUUGCUCUCGUCUCAAAUGGAGUGAGAGCUGCUCCGCUCUGGGACAGCAAGAAGCAGUGCUUUGUUGGUAUGUUGACCAUAACAGACUUUAUCAACAUACUUCAUCGCUACUACAAGUCACCGAUGGUUCAGAUAUAUGAAUUGGAAGAACACAAAAUAGAGACAUGGAGAGAGGUCUACCUACAGGAUUCCUUCAAACCUCUUGUUAGCAUAUCACCUAAUGCCAGUCUGUAUGAUGCCGUGUCAUCUCUGCUAAAGCACAAGAUCCACAGGUUGCCAGUAAUCGAUCCUCUUACAGGAAACACGCUGUACAUCCUUACUCACAAGAGGAUCCUCAAGUUCCUCAAACUCUUUAUUUCAGAGAUGCCCAAACCAGCAUUCCUAUCGAAGUCUCUAGAAGAGCUCAACAUUGGAACAUUCCAGAACAUUGCCGUGGUCCACGCUGACACACCCCUCUACACUGCGCUGGGAAUCUUCGUCGACCAGAGGGUGUCUGCCCUGCCUGUAGUCGAUGAGAAUGGAAGGGUGGUUGACAUAUACUCCAAGUUUGACGUCAUAAAUCUGGCUGCAGAAAAGACAUAUAACAACCUGGAUAUUACUGUCACAAAGGCCCUUCAGCAUCGCUCUCAGUACUUUGAGGGAGUUCUCACCUGUCAAGCACAUGAGACACUGGAGGCCAUCAUCAGCAGACUGGUGGAGGCAGAGGUGCACAGACUAGUCAUAGUAGAUGAUCACGAGGUGGUGAAAGGCAUCGUUUCUCUCUCGGAUAUUCUUCAGGCUCUGGUGCUCACCAAUGGAGAUAACGAGUGCAGUUGGAUACACUAAGAGAGGUGAGACGAGAGGAAGAGGGGAGACGAGAGAGAGCUUACAAAGCAAAGCGACGCAAGGCCAAUCACAAAAAAAAAGGAAUCAGCAAGUCAUCUAAUCUUAGCUUGUAGAGUGAAAAAAAAAAUCUCCCACAAGCCUCUCCUGUUAGGUAACGAUAAUAAUCCAGAUUAUUUUAGAACUUAAGUAGACGUUUAACAGAACCUCUCCCUUCUUCUCUUCCUCUUUCUCUUGAGGAAGAUGACCUGUGAAAAACAGAGCAAUAUACAGACGUGUAAGGGGUAAAGCACAAGCGCAAUCAUAGCAAAGCACACACCAAAAUCCUCAACUUGUAAAACCUGAAGCAGCUGUAAAGCCCGCUGUGAAACCUGCAGCUUUUCAUGACUCAAGAUCAGGUUUUGCCACUUAUUUAUUUCUUACACACGGUGUAGCGAAGGAAGGGAUGUGGAAAAUGUCAUUCGGCAGACAGGCAGAUCCUAGCAUGAUUUCAGGUAGUACGUAUAUAACUAGGCUUUUGCUUUUACUACUAGUGCAUGUCCUAUUAAGAGUCAUUAUGAUCCACUUCUUCCUAAAUAUGGGAUGCUACCUAAUGUGAUGUAAAGAACAACGAGAAAUUACAGCACUCGCAUACAAAGGAUUUUUAUAUCCUGAAGUUCGACUACUCUACAGAGAGUACAGAUGUUUGAAUGUCAUAUGGGCCCUUGUAAACAUUCUUUACUAUUAGCUACUGACCUGUACUAUCCGGUCCACUCACACUAGUUCAUUUUGUCCUAAGAAUUAGACGGAACUUCUUUUUCUUUUUUUCACCUCACAGUCCAGAAAAGCUGGAACUUUGAUUUUAAAGUUAACAGCUAACAAAAUUGUAAGUUAUUGGGGUUUUUUUGUGUGUGUGUAUUUUGUUUUUUUUGUUUUUUUUUGCUAUUGCAUAUCAUAUCUUUCACAAUAUGGUUGAAGUGAAUCCUCAUCAUUUUGUUUUGAUUUUUUUGUGUGUAAAAUUCAUGCAAAUUCAUGCUUGAAGUGUGUUUAAGUGGGGGAACAGUGGAGUGCCGUAGUUUUCCAUGUAAUAAUUUCAAAACCAAAUUUAUGAUCAAUGCCAGUUUGUUUGAGUUCUUCGAUUUGGACGCCUUGAAAGACCAGUAUCUUUAAUGGUGAGUGUGGAUGAUGGAUCUGUUUAGUAAAUAUUGGCAGCUUUUCCUCAAGGUUUUGUGUCAUGGAGGGCUGCUCUCCAAACUGUAGGAAAGGUAAAUGACCAUUCCACUAUAUACACACACCAUGUGUUUUUGUUGUUUUAUUCUUAAUCAAAGAUUGUUUUAUUCUUAAUUAAUGAAAUGUGUAUACAAAUGUGUAUAUUUGAAUAUUUACAUUUUAUAUUUCACGUCAAUUUGUAACGCAUGACUGAAAUAAAACAUUUUAUCUUAAA